AGUUAGGCAGAACGGCGAGUGAUUCAACGCGAGGAGACGAGCCCCGGAUUGCUUACGGUUUAUGGUCGAGAGGACACACACGCACCUGUUGAUUCCAAGGCGCACCCGCGAGUUUCCCAUUUCCGAGGACAAGCCGAGCGCACAAAUGACGGACGCGAUCCUCCCCAACGGCUGCAAGGCCAACGGGGCCGUAGAGAAUGGCUACUUUAAAAAGGGCUGCAACCCACUGGCUCAGACAGGCCGCAGUAAGCUGCAGAAUCAGAGGGCCUCCCUCAACCAGCAGAUCAUCAAACAGAUGAGAAUGAGAGCAGGAGCAGAGAAUCUCCACAAGGCGACGACCAAUAAUAAGGUGCGUGAGAGCGUGCUGCUGGAGCUGAGCUACGUCAACUCCAACCUGCAGCUGCUCAUGGAGCAACUAGAGGCACUCAACAGCUCUGUGGAGGUGUACCAGAACGUGCAGGAGAGUGCCAGUAUCCCUCUGAUUCCCCUGGGUCUUAAAGAGACAAAGGAUGUGGACUUUGCAGUGGCCUUUAAGGACUUCCUCCUUGAGCACUACAGUGAGGAUGGAAAUGACUUUCAGGACGAGAUCGCUGACCUCAUGGACCAGAGACAGGCGUGCCGUACCCCUAGUAGGAGUGCUGAGGGCAUUGAGCUGUUGGCCGGCUACUUCAGUCAGCUCGCCCUGCUAGAGAGCAGAUUCUUCGCCCCCAACCGCCAGAUCGGACUCUUCUUCACCUGGUACGACACGUUCACAGGCGUGCCGGUGUGUCAGCAGAACAUCUCUCUGGAGCGGGCGAGUGUGUUGUUCAACAUGGGGGCGCUCUACACACAGAUCGCCACGCGCUGCAACAGGCAGACCAGCGCCGGGCUGCAGGAGGCCAUCACCGCAUUCCAGAGAGCCACAGGAGUGCUCCACCACCUGAAGGAGACGUUCACACACACCCCGAGCUACGACAUGAGUCCGGCGAUGCUGAGUAUGCUGAUGCGCAUGAUGAUGGCCCAGACGCAGGAGUGUGUGUACGACAAGAUCGCGCUGCCCGGCAUACGCAACCACUUCCUCACGCUGCUCAAGAUGGCCCAGGAGGCCGCCAAGGUGAGCGAGAUGUAUGACAUCGCCCAUCAGUCGAUGAUCCAGACGCCAAUCAAGGACAACGUGCCGCUGUUCUGGUCCACCAUGGCCCAGGUGAAGAGCAGCCACUACCGCUCCCUGGCCCACUACUUUACUGCUACCGCCCUGCUCGACCAUCAGGUGAGUCCCAGUGAUGACGAGGACCAGCAGGAGAAGGCCUUCUCUCAGCUGUAUGAUGCCAUGCCGGACGGGCAGCCCCCUCUGGACAUCCUCAAGAGCGACAAGGAGCGCGAGCGCAUCGGUAAGGCUCACCUGCGGCGUGCGGUCCUGGAGCACGAGGAGGCUCUGCGGAUCUUGCGUCUGUGCGGUGAGCUGCGGCGGCUGGACAUGCUGAACGAGAUCCUGCAGGCCACUCACCGCCGCUCCCUCGCCAAGAGCGCCCUGACCGAGGACGAGGAGACCGACCAGUUCACCGACUACAUGGAGGCGCCCGACAUCAACUCUAAGACGGAGCAGCGGGCGGAGAUGGAGCUGCCCGGGUCCACUAAGGUGAAAGUCGCUGACCUUUUCCACAGGCUGGGUCCACUGUCGGUGUUCUCGGCUAAGCAGCGCUGGACCGCCCCCCGCACCCUGCGGCUCCGGCCCGAGGACCGCGACCUUGGCUUCACUCUGAAGGGCGAAGCCCCCGUCCAGAUCCAGUCUCUGGACCCGCUGUGUCCAGGCGCGGCGGAGGGCCUGCGUGAGGGGGACUACCUGGUGGCGGUGGCCGGAGUGGACUGCAGGUGGAUGAGCGUGACGGAGGUGAUGGGGCUGCUGCGCGACGUGGACGAGAGCGGAGUGGACAUCAGCGUGGUCAGCGUCAUGGACAACAGCCUGCCUCUGCCUCCCAAGAGCGCCACCUACUGUGGGGGUCUGCCCAAGACCUACUCCAUGAUCUGCCUGGCGUUCGAUGACGAGGAGAAGCACCCCAAGUCGCGUAAGGUGGCCAAGAAGAUGAGCUUCCUGAGCUGGGGCCUGAAGAACAGGCACAAGAGCGCCAGCACGCUCAGCCUGCCCACCGGAGACAGUGCCAGCAGUACCACCCUGCCCUGGCACCGCGCCAGCCCAGCCUUCCCCAGCUCCUACCACGACAGCGCCCUCUACUAGACACACACACACACACACACACACACACACACACACACACACACACACAGAGAGCCAGCCCCGCCUUCCCCAGCUCCUACCACGACAGCGCUCUCUACUAGACACACACACACACACACACACACACACACACACAGAGCCAGCCCAGCCUUCCCCAGCUCCUACCACGACAGCGCUCUCUACUAGAGACACACACACACACACACACACACACACACACACACACACACACACACACACACACACACACAUACAGAGCCAGUUCCGCCUUCCCCAGCUCCUACCACGACAGCGCCCUCUACUAGAGACACACACACACACACACACACACACACACACACACACACACACACACACACACACACACACACACACACACACACACACACACAGAGGCAGUCCCGCCUUCCCCAGCUCCUACCACGACAGCGCUCUCUACUAGAGACACACACACACACACACACACACACACACACACACACACACACACACAGAGCCAGCCCCGCCUUCCCCAGCUCCUACCACGACAGCGCUCUCUACUAGAGAUACACACACACACACACACACACACACACACACACUGGCAGUGGCACAUAGACACAGGGGUGAAAUGAAGGAACCUGUAUAUUUGCACACACGUCCAUGUUUUAAUUUGACCAAGAACAGCCACAGCUCCUCUCCUCUUUCCUCCUCUCUUCUCCUGCUCUCCUCCUCUGUUUUCUUCUCCUCCCCUCUCUCCUGCUCUCCUCUCUUUUCUUCUCCUCCCCUCUCUUCUCUCUGUGCUGUUUGCUUUCUCUGCUCUCCUCCGCUCUCUUUGUUUGCCUUAAGUGCCACGUUGGCAUGGCGAUGAAAGGGCCGCUGCAAGGCCGUGUGGUGCAGACAGUUGCACUGGUGAGGGGCGGCCUUCUGGAACGCCAUAGUGUCUUCUUAGACUACACACACACACACGCACACACACACACACACACACAGAGGGGUGUUCUUCUUUAACGCCAUAGUGUCUCCUAAGACUCCAACUCCAUGCACACACACACACACACACACACACACACACACACACACACACACACACAGAGGGGUGUUUUUCUUUAACGCCAUAGUGUCUCCUAAGACUCCAGUCCCAUGCAGACAGACACACAGACACACAGACACGCAGACACACAGACACACAGACACACAGACACACACACAGAGGAGUGUUUUUAUUUAACGCCAGAGUGUCUCGUCAGACUUCUGCUCUACAUAUUCAAUCAGUAUGAGGCAUUAGCCCUUAGAUGCCCAUACAUACAUACAUAUGAUGUAUCACAUCCUGUAUAUAUUGCAUACAUCUAGCAUUAGCCCUUAGAUGCCCAUACAUACAUAUGACGUAUCACAUCCUGUAUAUAUUGCAUACAUCUAGCAGGAGACACUAAUGCCAGAGAGAGCUGACGCAUUAUUGAUGUUCCAACAUGUUGGUCUCCUGAUGAAGGGGUGAAUCUGGGCUGAGCUGCCCAUUGAAGGAACUAUGAAGUGUGUUCUACACACACUAACUGGUGCAGGCGGCAGAACGCAGGCUGCUCUGAUGCCAGGCUGACCCCGUGCAGCGGGUGAGCGCCAGUGUGCCCACAAUACUGCCCACUCCGCGUGGGUCUCCAGCAGGGCAGCGGUCCCGGGCCCCCGGUCCAGAACCCAGCAGAACUCCGACCCAGUGCCCCUCCGCCGCCACCUAUGUUAUUGUGUAUGUUAAUGUGUAUGUUAUUGUAUAUAUUGAUCAGCAGCCAUGAGCAGCGCAGACUGAAGCUCUGAAGCUCUUGUGUGCCCUGUACAGCUGCUGCCAUGGAGACCAGCCUCACAGCACAGCACAGCACAGCACAGCAGGUGUGUGUGACAGUCUGAAGGAAGAAUUAGUGGCCACACACACACACACACACACACACACACACACACACACACACACACACACACACACACACACACACACGCACACAUGCACACACUCGAGCAUGAAUGAUCAACUCCGAUAGCAGCCAGCUGGGGCAUAGAUCCAGCCCACCAGCACAUCGGCUCUGGCCCCGCUCUGGCCUUGGUCUGGCCUGGGUCUGGCCCUGUUCUGGCCUGGGUCUGGCCUGGGUCUGGCCUGGGUCUGGCCUGGGUCUGGCCUGGGUCUGGCCCUGCGGGGCUGCUGUUUGGGUCGGCGCUACUGUCCCACUGCGCUGCUAGCUGACCACUGGACUUUAGCUGACACAGCUGGUGUUGGUGUUACUGCACUGUCUACAACGUAGAUUAUUAUUAUACACGUUUGAUAAUCAAAUUAUUUAUGUGCAAAAAAAAGGAAGGAAAAUAUAUAUCUGUAUAAAGUAUAUAUAUAUAUAUAUAUAUAUUACACAUUGUUAAACUUUGGAUGUAGUUUUGUUUGGUGAGAAUGUGUUUAUCUGUGCAUCUUGUUAGGUAUGUACCACAAAACCUUUUUUUUUAUAUACAAGUUUGUCUUCAUUUGAAUUCUGAGAUAUUUCUCUUCAUCAGUUAGCUCCCAUGAGUCAGUAAUAGUAUUGUGUGUGUUGUGGUCCCAGACCAUAGCUGCAGAAAUGUCCCUCAAUGACUAGCUGUAAACGCUGGAAUGUGGCGUGCAGUGUUGGUGCCAAGGUCUACUGGAGGCAGUGAAGCGCCAAGUUCCUGUUGCCUCUUAGUUCUCACGCGGCCACGGUUCCUGUUGCCUCUUAGUUCUCAGGCGGCCUCGGUUCUUGACCACCAGGGCUUAAAGGAACUUCUCCGCCAACCAACGUCUUUUGUCCAAGUGUAGUAUCUGUUGUAUAUGCUUGCCAACGUCUCUUGUCCAUGUGUACAGUAUAUCAGCUGCAUAUGCUUGCCAAAAUGGCUCCUGUGUUCGAGUCCUCUAUGUGUGAGGAUGUGUUGAUGAAUAGUGUGCCCAUAUGUAGUGGAGCAGGGGCACGUUCCCUCUCCUCUAAUAGCGCACGAAUAGUGUGCCCCUAUGUAGUGGAGCAGGGGCACGUUCUCUCUCCUGUAAUACACGUCUCCAUACGGUCUGUUUGGCCUCUUAUGACACUUUAUUAGAACUCUGCUGAACAGACGGGAUCUGCCUCACUUCUGUGGAUAGUUACGGUUCCUUUAUCUGUUCUCUGCAUAGAGUUACAGUUCCUUUACUUGUUCUGUGUAUAGAGUUACGGUUCCUUUACUUGUUCUGUGUAUAGAGUUACGGUUCCUUUACCUGUUCUGAGUUACGGUUCUUUUACCUGUUCUGUGUAUAGAGUUACGGUUCCUUUACCUGUUCUGUGUUUAGUUACGGUUCCUUUACCUGUUCCGUGUAGAGGUCCAGUUCUCGGCUGGUGAUGCGUAUGUUAGCUCCAGGUGUUGGGUAUUAGUGAGUUGGGGGGUUGAUGGUGAUGCAUGUAUGAUGUCACAGCUGUGUAUAAUGUUCAACUCAAUAAAGAAUAAAAUGGGGCAGA